GAAGUGUACAUUAGCGACGUUCUCUACAGGAUAGUGAAGUAUAAAGAACCGAAUUGUAACAACCUUGGUUUCAGUUAUCAUGACCUGGUCGAGUACACGAGGGGUACUAGCGGACCUUAUCAAAGAUGUAACCUGCAAGAUCUGCGGCGAACUCGAGCGUAAUUCACACACCCACCCCGGAUGCGACCAUCACUUCUGCCACGAUUGCAUCAAUCGGUACAUGCGCAUUCACUACGAAUGUCCCGAGUGCAAUCAGCCGUCAUUCCACGGUUGUGCAGAUCCAAAUGAACCUGUGAAUGAUAUUGUAUCCACAAUAAGUACCUUCCGGGCGUUGAUAGAUCAUACAUAUACAAGUCGCGAAUCAUUGCCAUCGUUGUCGAAAGCUACUGAAAACAACAAUGCGAAGUAUACAAGACGUACGACACAAGGCAAUGUAUUCAAAUCACCAUCUAAAGUCCUAGGUGCUAUGCAAAUUAGAGAGGAACCUGGAUCUCCGGUAGUCUUUGCCUCUAGCACAACUCAGCGCCCACGAAGUAAUUCAGAGCUCAAAAGUGCAGCUCAGUUAAACCAGGCAGGCAGGCAGGCAGCCCCAGGAUCGAGUUUACUGAUCGACACGUCUGUACCCACACACACAGACGGAGAUAGAGAUACACAUAUACAAGUCGAUGAAAAUGCAUAUGUGAAGCCAUGUGAUAUCCCCAAAACAGUACGAUACGCAGAUGCGGGUGGUGAAGAAAUAAAUAGAGGCCACGAUUUGAAUAAGGUUUCAAAGAUUACGGACGAGAGUAAACCGCAAAUAAUCAUAAAUCAUGAACAAGACACUUCAAGGGAAGGUGAUAGCAAGGACGAACUUGGGAAGGGUAUAUCAGAGAACGCGCAAAAAACUAUUGAUAGGGUCACGACACUCGAUAGCACGGGGCAAGUAGUAGCAAGACCACAAAGUGACAUCAUGAACGAAAUAGGCCCAGCUAAUACUGGGAAACGAAAGGCAGAUGAAAUGGCGAAUGACGCACAGAGGAGACACUCCUACUCAGUGACUGAUCAUGUUCCGGAAGCACAGCAAAUGGUCGCCCAACGGCGGCUAAAAAGAAGUCGGGAGUCAUAUCCGCCUGGUAGGAAAAAACUCUCGUCACAUGAG